AUGAGCAAACCACGGUCUACAACUCCUCAGGGCGACCCUCCUCCAUCAGUUCUGUCCCUCUAUCCUCCCGCCCGAACCACAAAACCUCGAACCCCACCUCCUCCACCAGGUAUCCCUGGCCGUCAGGGUUCGCCCGAUGAUUUUCCUUUGAAAUUCUGUACCGUUUGUGCGAAUAACCAGAAUCGGUCAAUGGAAGCCCACCUCGUCCUCUCCCAAGCCGGUUUCCCUGUGAUCUCCUUCGGUACCGGCUCAGCUGUCCGUCUACCUGGUCCAUCGAUCGACAAACCGAACAUCUAUGCCUUCAAUGCUACCUCUUACGACGAAAUGUAUACUGAACUCAAAGCCAGGGACAUAAGAUUAUACAGCGCCAAUGGGCUGUUGAGCAUGUUGGAUAGGAAUCGAAAGAUCAAGAAAAGUCCAGAGAGAUGGCAGGAUUGGAAUGUAGGAUUGCCAAGAGUUGGUGCUGGACCAGUGGAGAAGAGGGGAGGAGGGGAAAAGACUUAUAGCGAUGAAAUUGAAAGUGGUAUUGUGGAUGUGGUUAUUACUUGCGAGGAGAGAUGUUGGGAUGCUGUUGUUGAUGACCUAAUAUCUCGUGGCUCCCCUCUAAACCGGCUUGUCCAUGUCAUCAACAUCGAUAUUAAAGACAACCACGAAGAAGCAGCGGUCGGUGGAAAGGGUAUUUUGGAAUUGGCGAAAAUGUUAACUGCUGCUGCUAAGGAAGAGAAAGAUAAAGCUGCAGAUGAGGCGAGAGAUUUCGAUAGAAGCUCAGUUGAUGGACGAGUUCCAGAGAUCUUGGCGGAAUGGCAAGAAAGACACCCUACCUUGCCGGUAUUGUGGACUGCGAGUUAUUUUUAA